CGGCGCUACGGCGGCGCGUCCAAGCUCAUGGGACAUCCAGGUUCGCGCCCGUUGCUGGACCUGCUUCCCGACGAGUUCCAGGUGCACUACUCCGAAGACCAGAGCGGCUGCUUCCACCUCUAUCGAGUGCCUCGGGCGUGGCGUGGCUCUUUCGUCAUCGAGGAGGCCACCCCUGGGCCCGCCUUCGGGUUUCCCGAUAGCGCGCGGGCCCGGCCGCGCAUGCGGACGUGCCCCAUGGGUUGGGUCAGCGCGUUUGACUUUACCCAGGAGGCGCAUGCAAACCUGAUAACCAGGCAGCUUCCGCAUACCAUGGGGCUAGCAUCCCUCGGGACCUGCUGCGGACGGGACCCGCGCCCGGCUCCUGCCGGCACCAGGGCGCCGUGGAAUUGGUUCUCCAUCUACGUCGGCAGAUGGGGCCAGGGUAAGGUCGCCCUUGAGACGGAGACGGAACAGUGCGUUUUCAAGCCGAGCGGGGAGCCGAUGAGCGACAGGGCAGCGCGCGCUGCAGCGGGCGCGUGGCGUGCUCUGAAGAAGUCCGCCGAGGGGUUUUCAAUUUGGAGACUUGGCGAGCUCAGGCCUGGCCCAGAGUGUAUGGCCUGGCUGACCAGCUUGCUUCAGGGCACCUCUUCCGUCACCAGUUCGGUCGUCGCCGGCGCUAUAGGCGGGCUGGCCGCGGGCGGGCGCUGUGACUGCCACUGCGAGGUGGCCGCCGCCCCGGACCAGGGCCUCCUCCAGUUGCUGCAGCGGCAACUGGACCGCUGUGGCCCAGAGCAGCUCCACGGGCAGGUGUGCCGCGCCCUGCCGCCCCCGCCGGUGGCCACUUUGGCCCUCAUUGGCGUGGGGCUCUUCUUCGCGGGCGUCGUCUUCGGUUCGGUCCUCGUGAUCUGCUCUCGACAUGCGGGAUGGCUGGCGCCCAAGCGCAGCGCGGCCAGAGCGUACUCACUGUGGCACGGGCAGCUGCGGGGCGUCCGCUCGGGGCCAUCACCCUGGGUGGGGGCGACGCCUAGCGGCUCCGACCACGAUGAGGACCUCAUGGAGAGCGACGGGUCUCCUCGCGUGGGCCCGCUGGGCUGCCUCCAGGCGGGCGCGGCGAACGUCGAGGUCUUCCGGUUCGCCUACCUCACGACCCAGGAGAAGCGCGAGCUGCUCGAGGCCCGUGAGGACCACGUCCGCGACAUCGAGGGUUCCCACGACAUCGAGGCCGCCGUUGGCCAGGCUCUCGCUGGUCAGGCCUGGGUGGCCACCGAGUCCUGCCACGGCUUCACCCACGGCCAGGCGGACGACCUCGCGGUCUGCCAGUCGCUGGCCUCAGGGGAUCGCGGUGCGCUCACGGUGCCCAACGUGUGGGCCCUCUUCGUGGUCAUGGCGGGGUCUCUCUCAGCUGGAGCUGGCGAGGGCGACCUGGGCACCCCUCCCGUGCGCUUCGACAGGAGCAACCCCCGCUUCGGUGGGUGCGGCGGCGCGGUGGUCUGCCUCUCGGAGACCGUGCAGGCUGGCUGGGCUGUCGCGGGCCCUCGGACGUGCAAGUGGAUCCUCCACGGCAUCCGCGACGCAGGCUGGACUCCCACACGGCGCCAGGUCGGGGGGCGCAACCUGCCGCAGGUCUCGCACGGCGACGCUGGCGUUGAGGAGCACGCCUACAUCACAGAGGUGCUGGAGAGGGCCUGCGUCUUCGAUCAGCCCAACUGCACCGAGCUGGAGGCGUUCGUGGUCCUCUCGUGGCGCUACCAGCUCUCGGAGGCGCUCUACGCACCAGAGAGCGCCAUCCUCACGGAAAAGGUCAAGGGGGGGGAGGAGAAGCGGCUCGCGCAUGGGGCCACAGCAGGGCGCGCGGCCGCGGCCAGUGAUACCGCUCCUGAAGCACAUUUCGCCCGCGGGCCUCUCCGGGAGACGUCGCCGGCGCUGUUGCGCCCGCAGCCAGCGGUGGUCGGCUCGGGCAUGGCGUUUGGUCCUCAGCCCCCUGAUGGCCGCCCUCGCGGCCUGCUGCCCUUCCCGGGCGGGCGGGCCCUCGACGAGCUGCUCCUCGGCGCGGCGGGCGGCGGGCUCUCCGCAGCGGGCGAGCGGAAGGCCAGGCGGCGCCGGGGCGAGGAGGCUCGGCUACGCGCGGGCCUGGGCGCGCUGAGCGAGCUUGGCGGCGGCGGCAGUGCGCCCGGCAUUGCCCGAGCGACCGCCGCCCAGGCCUCUGCGGUGCGCUCCUUGGCCAAGCUCUAUGGUGGGCGCGGACCUCCGCCAGCUGACGUCGACUCGGGCGUGGCCGACAGUUUUGAUGCAACCUACCAGCCUGGCAGGAUCUCCCUGCCGCAGUCACGCGCUGGGGCUGCGCCGCUGUGCGACGUGGCCCCAAACGACUUGCAGUGCACGCUGGCAGAGGGCAGCGGCCUUCUCCGCGACCCCGCGGAGGUGCAGGCGGCGCUGCGCGAGCUCGGGCCCGCCAUGGCCUUGGACCCCGCGCUGAGGCUGAGAGGCUUCAUGCGCGGGCGCUUCCCGGCGGAGCUCCUGGACAAGGGCAUCCUGGAGAAGGCCACCGUUGUCAAGGAGACCUCGGGGGCCUUCUUCGUCAAGCGCAAGGGUGGCUUGCUGAGGUGGCGCAAGAGGCUGGGGCUCGCAGACGUCGAGUGCGCCUUCCAGGCGCGAGUCGUGCCAAUGGGCUGGUCGUGGGCGGUGCACUUUAUUCAGAGAGCUCACGAGUACCUGCUGUCCUCGCGUGCGCCCUCGGCUCCGUGGGUGAGGGACAAGGUGCCGGCGGCGCCCGCGUGCGAGGGCCCCUCCAAGCACUGCUACAUCGACAACCUGUCCGUGGCCUCCGACGAGGAGUGCGAGGCCAUGAACGGGAUCGCCCACAUGCCUACGACGCUCGAGGGCGUGGGCGCGAAGGCCCACCUGGACAUUCCCGACCCGAGUUCAGGAUCGCUGGAGUUGCUGGGCUUCGAAUACGCGGCGGGGGCUACCCCGUCGGGCCUGGAGCUGGAGCGCCUCAUCGGGCACCUCGUCUCCAUGAUGACGCUGCGCCGCGACCUGCUCUCCGUCCUCUCCGCGGUUUACCAGUUCAGCAGGAAGCUGGGGCGCCGCCGGGCGCCCCUGUGGCCCAGCGCGCAGCGCGAGCUGAGCUGGGCGCAUGCCCUGCUGCCCACCAUCGUGGCCCGCUCCGACCUGCAGUGGCUGCCGGUGGUCACCGCCUACGACGCCUCCGAGUGGGGGCUGGGUGUCGCCGAGAGCCUGUGGGGCAGCGCUGACGUGGGCCGCGCGGGGCGACUGCGAGAGCGCGCUCGCGUCCGCGGCCUGCUCGCCACCGCGGGGGGCAGCCGCCGUGAGCACGCUUUGCAUGAUGAGGAGGAGCUUUUGAGGCUGCCCGACGCUGCGGCCCUUCUUCUCGGGGGACACGCCCGCUUCCAGGAGGUGCCGCGCGAGCUGCUACUAGGCGGACAUCAAGUGGCUGGCGCCGCGGGUGUCAGGGCUGGCGCAGAGCGACGGGGGCGGCUCCCCUCGCAGGCGCAGUACACGCGGGCGAUGAAGGAGCUCGCCGACUGGCCUGCAGCCCUGCCGCGGCCCGAGGGGACGGCCAGCACGUGGGGCAAGCGCCAGAGCGACUCCCUGUCGGUGCGCCUCGACCGCGGCGGCGGCCCCCACGCCGUGCGGUCCACGCCCCCGCUGGCCUACCAGGCUGCAGCAGGGUGGGCCCGCUUGCGACCGCCCCAGUCUCGGCCGCCGAUCCCUCGGCUGGUGUCCGCAGGCCUUGCCGGGUCGCUCUUCGCCCCCAGCAAGCUGCUGAUGGGCCACCUCAUCGUCCUGCUAUGCGUCACCUGCCGCCUGCCGGGCGCGGGCCUCGCGCUGCUCGGGAGGCAGGUCAUCGGGCCGAUCGCUGGGAUGCCCGGGGUCUUGGGCCAGGUCAUUUUCGUGCUCCGCUCGGACGACCUCGGGGCGCCCUCCAGGACCAACCUCGGGAACUCCCACGCGGCCCUGGGCCUCCCCGAGCACCGGCGGGGCGGCCGCGCUCUGCUCGAGCGGACAGAGCAGCGGGCCACGCCUCAGCGCCUGUUCCCGAUCGUGUACGGCGAGCUCUUGGCAGAGCAGAAGAGGGCCGCAGUGGCCGCGGGCCGCGGGGCGCUGUGCCCAACGCCCCCCGGGCCCCGUCACGGCGGAGCCAGUCUCGACAGGGCGCGCGGACUGAGGUUCGGGGGCAAGUGGCGCCCGCCUCCCAGCACCCAGCGCCGCGAGAUGCACGCCAGGAUCAGCAAGCAGCUCGAGAGGCUCCACCCGCGCGUGCUGCUCGACCUCCACUCCCUCGAGGGCAAGGUCUUUUUGGAGGUGUUCGCUGGCGCUGGUCACCUGGGCCAGGCCCUCCGCAGACGCGGCGCCGCUGUCAUGGGCAUCGACGUGCGACGCGGGCCGCGUCGCGACCUCAGAGCGCAAAAAGUUGUCAGCGUCGUCAACGGCUGGAUCCUCUCUGGCCUCGCGUGGAGGCUCUGGCUGGGGACUCCUUGCAGCGGCUUCUCCGGCGCCAGGCGGGCGCCAGCGGGCUCGCGGAUGCCCGCGGCCCUGCGGUCGCCACAGCAGCCCCGCGGCCUCUCGGGGCUCCCGCCGCGGGACGCUGCCAAGCUUGCCGAUGGCAGCGCCCUGGCCGACCGUGCUGGGCAGCUGGCCCGCCCGGCGCUGGAGCGCAAGAUCCCCGGCGGCGAGGAGAACCCUGCCCAGUCCUUCCCCUGGGCGCUGCGCUCGAGGGGGCGCUUCCUCGCCCAGCUAGGAGUGUUCGAUACCGUCAUCGACUACUGCGCCUUCGGUAGAGACUUCUGA